AUGCUAGUGCAAGAUCUCUGGCGGAGUGGGCUGCAGUGGGACGAAGAGAUGCAAAACGAGGACUUUGAUAAAUGGGUGCGCUGGACAAAUUUGUUUCCCAAAAUCAGUGAGUUGCAGAUUCCUCGAUGUUAUUUUAAUAGCGCUCGACCCACCACUUACAAGAAGUUGCAAGUGCACAUUUUCACCGAUGCGAGUGACAAAGGCUACGGUUGUGCUGUAUAUUUUCGCUCCGAAGAUGGAGAGGAGAUCCGAUGUGCUCUGGCGAUAUCGAAGGCCAAGGUGGCUCCACUCAAGCAUCUAUCAAUUCCACGAAUGGAGUUGGAGGGGGCAGUUUUGGGCGCAAGGCUUCUUCAAAAUGUUCGAGUCAGCCAUUCGUACGCGAUUGGAGAAUGCUUCCUAUAG